AUGGCCUUCACUCCGUCCCGACUGCUCAUCUUUGGCGGCACUGGCAACAUCGGCCAGUACAUCACCAAGGCGAUCCUCCGCGCCAAGCCCGCCUUUGAGAGCGUCACCUUGUUCACAUCCCAAAAGACGGUCGACACCAAGGUGGAUCUGCUGAAGGGCUGGAAGGCUGCCGGCUUGCAAGUGACAGUCGGCGAUGUGGGCAACCCCAAGGACGUCGCUGAAGCCUUCAGGGCGACAAAGGCCGACACCGUCGUCUCCGCCGUCGGCAGAGGUGCGAUUGACGUGCAGGUCGAUCUCAUCACCCUGGCGGAUCAGUCAGGCACCGUCAAGUGGUUCUUCCCCUCCGAAUACGGCACUGACAUCGAGCACAAUGCCAAGAGCCCCAACGAGAAGCCCCAUCAGAAGAAGCUGGCUGUCCGCAAGCACAUCCGGGACAAUAUCAAGAACCUCAAGAUCACCUACCUCGUGACGGGCCCUUACUUUGACAUGUGGGUCAACCAGCUCGGCGAGGCGGAGGAGAUCGGCGGCUUCAACGUCGACAAGAAGGAGGCCGUCCUCAUCGAGGAUGGCGAGGGGAAGAUCGGCUUCUGCACCAUGAAAGACGUUGGCACGUCUCUCGUGGCCGCCCUGAGACACCCCGAAGUUUCCUUUGGCAAGGCUCUCAAGGUGCAGUCCUUCAUUGUGACUCCGAACCAGAUUCUGGCCGAGUACGAGAAGCAGACGGGUUCCAAGUUCCAGGUCAAGUAUACGCCCCUGGACAAACUGCGCAUGUACGAGACCGAGCUGUGGGACAAGGGCGCCCCCGCGGCCACCGCAGCGACGUUGCGACGCAUUUGGGCCGAGGGUGGAACUCUGUACGAGAAGAACGACAACGAGCUGAUCGGCUUCGAUAAGGAGGCCGAAAGCCUGGAAACGGCUGUCCGAAGAGCUCUCCAUGGCGGCAAGGACUGA